AUGACUCCUUCUCUUAACCACUUCUUUGUUACACUCUUCAAUCUGUCAAUUUUUCCAAACCCUCUUUUUUCCUUUUGUCUUCAAUCUGGCUUGUUUUCAUCUGUCUGCCACAGUUUCCUGGCUGUCCUUAGAAACACCAUUAAGAAUGCCUUUCUUCCAAUUCCUGGCUUGUCUAUUGUGCGUCCAUCCUACUCGGAUAAAUCAACCUCAACUGUGUUAUUGCUACAGAAUGGAGAUGUAUAUACAUUUGGCAGUAAUCAAUAUGGGCAGCUUGGAGUUGGUGAUACAGUGGUCAGAGGAGAGCCUACCAAAGUACAAUUACCAAUGUCUGCUGUUCAAGUAGCGGCAGGAAGUAGUCACACUGUGAUAUUGCUAGCUAAUGGCCAGGUUUAUACCUGUGGCAGUUACCAGAAAGGAGCCUUGGGCCGUUUAUGUCCUGAAGAAGGAGGUGCUAAAGAAAAAAGUCAUCCUUGGUACACACUACCAGGCCCAGUGCCUGGAAUUGGUGCUCGUUAUGGUCGCCGAGCCACGUGGAUUGGUGCGAGCAGUGACCAAACUUUCAUGAGGAUUGAUGAGUCUUUGAUUAAUGCUCAUACGUUAACUGGCUGUAAUAUUUUUGCAAAUCAGUCCUGUAUAGGUUUGAUUCCAGCUGAAGAAGACAGUGGUUGUUCCAUGAAAUGUCUAAUGAUUAGCAAACAUGAUGGAAGUUGUAAAAGUUUCAUUUCAAGUGACCAAGAGAAUCUGUUCCACCAUGCAGUUUGCUUGGAUCCUGUUUACGACACUUUAUGGAGUUACAAUCCAAGUACGCACAUGGUGAAUUGUUACAUGGUGCUUCUACCUGAAGUAAGACUCUUGCAAACUGUUGACACCAGUUAUUGCAACAUCCUCAGCCCAGAAAUGUUUGUGCCAACCCGAACGCACUCGAAUUCAACCCGGUCACAUUGCUCACUGCAUAUGCUCGCCUGCCUUGAUACACUGACCACUGCCCAACAAUUGCAUUUGACUGUGUAUGAAGAAGCAAAAGAGAAACUGGCUGCCACCAAAGAUUAUACAAAAGAAGAUUUUUCUGUUGUCAAUAGAUUUGACAGUCAUGGAGGAGGAUGGGGAUAUUCUGGUCAUUCAGUUGAAGCCAUCCGUUUCAUGUCAGAUACAGAUAUAUUAUUAGGUGGAUUUGGACUCUUUGGUGGCCGUGGGGAAUACUAUGGAAGAAUAAAGUUGUUUGAAUUGGGUUUUGAUGGUGCUGAUAAUGAACAGGAUGGAACAUUGUUGGCUGAGACAGAAGAAAUUCCCUUUGAAUGUGCUGCCAGGGAGACAUAUGCAAUGCUAUUUUAUGAACCGGUAUCAAUCCAAGCCAAUAUUUGGUAUGUUGCCUGGGCCCGAAUAUCUGGGCCUAGCAGUGAUUGUGGAUCCAGUGGUCAGGCUGUUGUCACGACAGAGGAUCAGGUGGUGUUCAAAUUCAAGAGUUCCAAAAAGUCCAACAAUGGAACAGAUGUAAAUGCUGGGCAAAUUCCUCAAUUACUCUACAGAUUGCCUUCUCCAGAUAGACAAACAGUUCCUCGAAAGUCUGAAUAUAUGGAACCAGCUCAUGUGCUAACCCAAGACUUCAGUAGAACAGUCUCUCCAGAUUGCUUUGAUGCCUUACUGAGUUUAUUAGAAUGGGCAUGGUCAUCAUUCCAUGCCUCAGCAGUGGAAGUGGACGGUCUAAAGGGAAUCAGCCGGACAGCUGUUGUCUUGGACCUUCAGAGAUUUGUUUACAUCUGUAAAGCCUGCCUUCGAUUGAUUAAGAUCUACAUUAAUGAGGUUUACUCAGAUGGAAUUGCUGGUCGAAAAAAUGUUCCAGAGAAUAUGAAAUUAGCUGAAGGUGUUGGCAAUUCUCGGGAUCUGCUGAGAAAGAUUUUGGCAGAAGAGGUUCGUCCAUCCAAAGUGAGAAUUUUCUUACCCACUCCUCCUACCAGUCCAGAAUUCCGACAAAUGGAAGAAGAGAUCCUUUCUGCUUGCCAUGAUACUUUCACUGGGUGCUUCCAUGCAUUCUACCCAACGGCCAAUCUCAAGUGGCUUUGCCUCUGUGACUUGCUGGUCAUGUUAGAACCGGGUAUGACCAAUAUGGAUGGCUAUGGUCGUCUUCUUGCUGCCAUCAUGGAAGCCCUCACUCACCCUACCAUCAAACUGACCAACAUCAUGCCCAUCAAUUGUGAACCUGAGACAGAGGAGAUUCUUCGCAGACAGUCUAUUAGUAUUGAUGACAACACAAACAGUGUGGCACGAUUAGCUGAAUCACAUCGUUUUCCCCUGCUUGUUGAUCACAUGACCUAUCGUACAGAGUUGGAGGGCAUAGGCAGUGGACAUACAUCAUUUAAGGAGGUGCUUGACCGACUGCUCAUGAUCAGCACCGUCCCUGUCCGCCAGGCGCUAAAUAAGGAAUCUCCCAGUUACCCGCAUGUACUGGUAUCAAACACCUGUGCCUUGCUAUUGUGCCUCAUUAGUGAGCUUGCUGCCUCCGCGACUGGGUCAGAGUUGGAUUUGACUAGCACAUCUCGUCCAUUGCUAGUCACUCCAAAUCGCUUCACACGCACCAUCCAUGGUGCCUACUGGAAUACAGGUAAUGGCAGUCCAGAUGCUGUAGCGUUUAGUGUUGAUCGUCCUGGGAUUCUGAUUGCUGGCGUCUGUGUCUACGGAGGCAGUGUAGUCGGCGGACAGUAUGAAUAUGAACUAGAAUUACUGGAUGAUCAAAGUGAAGGUCACAGUGACCCAACCCAGUCGCAUACCAGUAGAUGGAAUAGCUUGGAAAUUGUGAAAGGCUCCUAUGGCCCCGAUGACUGUGUCAAUGAUAUUGCAGAAAUCAAAUUUGAUCGACCUGUUCCAAUUAAGGAAGGAAUGAAAUAUGCAGUUCUUUUAAGAAACCAUGGUCCCCGUACCCUGAAUGGCGAUGGUGGUCUGAGUAGGGUAAAAUGUCCAGAUGGAACAACUUUUACCUUCACUUCGUGCUCACUCAGUAGCAAUGGCACCAACCAUAUGCGUGGACAGUUACCACAGAUCAUCUACUACAGUGCUUCACAGGAUGGAGAGUUCCAGCAACAGCAGACGAAAGUUCUUGCUGAGAUGCAGGCACGCAAAGAUGCCAUUGGAAUUACCAAUGCCAUUUGCAGAUCAGCAAUUGAUAUUCUUCACAGGGCUCGUGGAAUUGCACCUGAAGAAGCAAAAGAAAUUUUGGGUCAGUCUCCAAUGUUUUCAUCUUUACUACCACUUGUCUUAGCCUACAUUGGACCUGUUGCAACACAAGACCCAAGGGGUGCAGUGCAAGUGUUGGGCCUGAUCCAUGAGGUGUUACCUGCUGUGGUGGCUAUCAAUAAUCAAGGGUUGAUUACCUCCUAUGGAGGAGGUCAUACAGAUGCUGGGUCUCUGGAUUCAGAGUUUGGUGGCACCAGUCAGCAUUAUCGUAUUGUUGAGAGUGAUCACCCAUACAAACCAGCCAAUGUUGCUAAUUACAAGGUUCAGUUCACGGACAGUGUGAAGUGGAUGGUGUUAGAGUUUGAUGCCCAAUGUGGCACGGCUCAAGCUGAAGAUACUCUCCAAUUGUACAUCCCAUGUCGAUUCAAGGAAAAUGCUUUAUGUCCUCUCACUGGGCAAGAGGAGGAAGAAGACCAGCAACCAACAUCGGUUCUCUGGCCAGUUUUGAAGAAAUUUCAUGGUAACAACUGGCCUAAGUCAGCUGUUGUUUUACCAGGAAAUGAAGUGACAUUUUCCUUGGAAAGUGCCUCUGAUUAUGUGAAGGAUGAGAAGGCUUGCUUUUAUGGUUUCAAAUGUAUAGUGACUGGUUAUGAAUGGACAACUAGACCAGAAGAGACGACCUUACAUUUGGAAAGAGAAUUGUCCUACCUUGGUGGCAUGUGUGCCUCAGCAUUAAUGAAAAAAGACUUAACACUUCCUGUUGGAGCUGAGGAUGUUGAAGAGGAUCUUGAUUCUGUGGAAGAAGGCGCUCAGUUGGUUUUCAAUGCUCAUUCUUCUCUUCUGGAUAAAGGUUUUGCACUUUCCCACCCCCCCACAAUUAUGCAGGCAUUAGAAGGCAACUUACCAUUUUGCUGGCAAUCUAAUGAAAGGGCUUUCCUCAAAGAUUUUGUAGCUUGCACCCCAGGAACCAGUGGAGGACGUUUGGCACGUUGGUUACAGCCAGAUUCUUACAUAGAUCCUCGUCAAUGUGAAGUUAUCUAUAACAAAGAGGAAUUGAAAUGUAGCUGGCCAGCCAUCCUUACUGUGCUGACAAAAGACCAGUAUGGUCAGGUAGUCCAUGUACCUAACCUCAAGGUGGAAGUUAAAGCCAUACCCAUUGAUCAGAAGGACUCUGUAGGAGAAGAUUACAAGAAGAUGAGACGUCUGAGUAAGCACGAUGAAGGGGAUAUGACAUUUGGGGGUCAUGCGCCACCACCUCUGGAUAUACUUUACGAGGUGACUGUCAAGGACAGGAAAGAUGUAUUCCAUUCCAUCUGCAUGAUGAAGGCUUAUGAGAAUUACUCAUUUGAGGAGUUACGCUAUGCUGCCCCUGCAGUCCCACGCCCAAGUGAAAACAUGCUGGUCCGUUCCAACAAUGAUGGCUCGUACAACUGCAACUGGACGCCUGGAAGUGUUGGAUUUUACAAUAUUUAUGUCACAAUUGAUAGCUUUGAUACUGGGGAUACAUUUAAAGUGGAAGUAAAAGAACCCCCGCAAGGUGUAACUCCUCCAUUACAGGCUGCAAAGAAAUCACAUCAGCCUAACAAGAUGCGUCGAUUUGUUGGAAAAAAUAGUGCUGGUCUCCGUAUCCGAAUCAAUCCAUCAUUACAGAGUGAACAGAUUGGAACAAUCAAACCUGAUGGUACCAUUUCUUUUAUUGACGAGAUUCACAAUGAUGAUGGUGUGUGGGUGAGACUCAGUACGGAUAGUAUCAAGGAGUGGUGUGUCAACGGUUUUACAGAAGCAUGGUGCUUGCAAUAUAAUCAGCAUCUGGGCAAAACUCUUCUGGUACCAAUUGAAGAACCAAAAUCAAUUCUUGAUGAAAUCAUCAAGGAGACACUUCUGAGAAAAUUACCAGAGUUUGUUCAGGACUCAAGAACCCGAAAAGUGGGUGGACCAGGAUGUUAUCACGUUAUCAAGUGUGGUUCUUCUGGUCAUAAUAUCCGGUGUCGACCGAGCAAGAAAGCCACACCUGUUGGAAUGCUAGUUCUGGGCAGCCAGCUUACAGCCACAGAAGAUACAACCAAUCAUGAUGGCACUUGGGUGAAGCUAGAUGCCGAAAGUAUUUCCCACUAUUGUGACUUGACUGAAGGAGAAGCGUGGUCUCUUGCUCGAGACAGAGAGGACAUUAUUUAUUUGGAGCAUGAAGCCAACAUGGGAUUCAGUGACGGAUUUGGCAGGAGAAACCCAUUUUCUUUCAACACUUUUCCUACAAAUUCAGCCAAAGGAUUUGACUUUUCAAUGGCCCAGUACAACACUCUGCCAAUGUUUGGACAGAAGAGUGAUGGCUUUGGACACAGCUCAAGUUGGCCUGCUCGAAUGUUCUCAUUUGGCCCAGCCAGUUCUUGUAAUGAUGCGUCAGUAUUUGGCCAGCCCACCCAACAGACUCCUGAACGUAGUUCCAGUUUUGGGCCAUCAUGGUAUAGCCGGUCACCUAACCAGACGAAUGGCCCAUUGGUAAGCAGCCAUGGAGGCAGCGUGGGAAGUGAAACUCGGCAAGGAGGCAACCCCUUCAUGAUCUACAAUGAUCUCACUUAUCCUCGGAAAAGUCCAAGUGCAAGCACUAAGGGUGGUCCUUCCAAAUCCGUAAAGACAUGCGAAACAAAUGGAAGCAUGCCAACUCCAGGCUCCCAGAAGUCUACGAAGAAAGAAGGAAUGUGUAUUACUUCGGAACUUCAAGGUUUUUCUGUGAAGGAACUUGUCAAGGCUCUGGAAACCACAGAGGAAGCUAGGCGAGUUCCUGUCCCCUUGCAUGGGCAUGUGAAGAACCUCUCAGGCGGCUGUGAAAGUCGAUUCAACGGAAAUGGACCGACACCUGUUCCCUCUCCCCCUGGCACCCCAAAGAAGACACCAUCACGUAGCUCAAGUCCCAGCCAAAGUACAGGCUCUUCAAGGCAUGGAUCUCCAGUACGAAUUGCUAACAAAGCAGAAACAACAAAAAAAGAAAUAAAAGAAAUGACAGUGGUAGCUAAGGAUGAGUCUCCUCCUCCCCCAGUACCUGUGAGUGCUUUCGCUCAGCGAGCUCUGCGUGGCAACCUCCCCCGGGAACCCAGUAUGGAAAGAGAUACUUCAGACGGUUCCAUCUCGGAGAAUUCGCGUCAAGUUUCUCCCGCCAGGUCCAGGUAA